CUUUGUUUGUUUUUUGUUAAUUCAAGUCAAAAGUCAAUGUACAUUUUUUGUGAUUAAGGGACUAGUGUCAACGACUUUUGCCCUCCGAGUGCGCUCUUUGUAAUCGACCCCUGGCGGUGAAAACGGUUGCAUUCUCUCUGUCACUGUCUGUUGAAGUUUCUGCUUUCAGCAUUAUUUAUUUCUCGUGCAUUUUGGAGGUCAAUCAUUUUAGUUUGAACUGGUUCGGGGUGCAACCGAUAUCAAGAUGGAGCCUACAAUAUACGUUGAUAUGCGAUCCCAGCCAUGCAGGGCUGUGGUGAUGUUCCUCUCUUGCAGUACCAUCCCACACAGUAUAAGUAAAGUGGAUGUCUUAAAAGGGGAUCAGAAGAAGCCCGAAUAUUCGAGUCUCUGUCCGCUAAUGAAGGUGCCUGGUAUGAAGCACGGAAGCUUAUCCAUAUCUGAGAGUGUUGCAAUCAUCCGGUACCUAGCAGCUAAAUUUCCAGAUAAAUAUCCGGAUCACUGGUACCCUGCCGACCUGAGCCACCGGGCUAAGAUCGACGAGUACAUCUCAUUUCAUCACCAAGGGAUGAGGGAACCGCUUUCCGGGCUCGUGGAGAAAAUAUUGUUCGUACCCGAACCGCUGCCGAAGGAGAGGAUCGAUGAGCAAGUGAAGUUCUGCAAUGUUUCUCUCGAUGUCUUUGAGCGGGUCUUCAUCUCAGACACACCCUUUAUCAGUGGCGACGAGAUCAGUGUUGCAGAUGCCCUAGCCGUCAAUGAGAUUUUGGAUCCAAAUGUAUGCGGCUAUGACUUUACAAAGGAUAGACCCAAACUGAAGGAGUACGUGGAUCGCAUCAGGACACGACUCGGUCCGGACCUCUUCGAUCAGAUAUACGAGGAGUCCAAGCAAUGGGCCAAGGAGAUCAAGGAGUCCAAGCAGUAACCGUCAAUUCCUCUAUACGACGAAUGAUCCAUCACAGUAGCGUUAUGAACCAAGUAUUUUGAGGGGCCGAACAUAGUGUAUGGAGCGAAA